CACAGGUUCCUUUCUGCGCGAGCUGAGUUUUGCUCCACCACAGCUGAUGGACAUUUCACCGGUUUGUAAUCAUUCCAGUCAUGCAAUAAACAGACACAGUGGAGGAGUUCAAGGUUUUAAUGGUUUUAUCGGUUUCCUUUUAACGGUUCAUUCUGGUCCUGGUCCUGUGUGUGUGUGUGUGCGAGAGAGGGGGCGGAGUCUUCACUGUUGUUGCUCUUUAAUUGGCUGCGAGCUCGCGCUGAGUCUCAUGCUGCUUAUCGGUAAUUAUAUUCGGCCUAUUUUGCACGAGAAAUGUCAGCCACACUGGGCUCGCGCGGGGCUCCGUCCUGCUAUCGCACCAAGAUGUCAUCAUGCCCACCGGAGAACCUACCGGGCGCUACCGGAAACUCUUUCCUCGUGGACACCCUGAUAAGCGCGAGAGCUGGUGAAAGCGACUCGUGUCACCAGGGCCCCGGAGUUUAUUUUCAGCCUCGAGGCUCGGAGUUUUCUUACGGACUGUCUGAUGGGAGCUCGGGCUGUUUCUCGGGAUUUCACUGUAACGAGACUCCGCCGCGCGAGAGCUCGACACUGCACCACUACAAGCAGAGCAUGGGCGCGUGGCUGGAGACUUCAGCACUGAGCAGCAGCCAGCCCACGCGCGCCCUCUCCCCCGGUAAUGGCAUCAAGGAGGAGAAUUUGAGCUGCCUAUACGAGACGGAGAGGCGCGAGGAGGAGACUCCCAAAGACUUCUCGGAAGAUAAUCCCUACCUGCACGCGACGCCUGGCUGUCCAUCCGGCACCAGCAGCGUCCCCGUGCCAGUUCCCGGUUACUUCCGCCUGUCACACACACCCACGAGCUCCAAAUGCUACUCCGAGCUGCAGUUCCCCUCCGCUCUGCCGCGAGCCGCUUGCAGAGACCUGUCCUCACGAGACACAUCCUCUCCUGCCUCAUCACCUGCGCCGGACACCGUCGACCACGCGCCACAAGCAUGCGCACCCUGCACACCAGCGCGAGACAAGGACACUCGGCAGCUCCAAUCUACACCACCCUCGCCGGAGCCCCAAGAGAAGCGCGAGGGCAGCCCCGGGAAGGCGAAGAAAGGUAGUUGGCUGACGGCUAAGUCUGGUCGUAAGAAGAGGUGUCCGUACUCCAAGCUGCAGACUCUGGAGUUGGAGAAGGAGUUCCUGUUCAACAUGUACCUCACACGCGACAGGAGAAUGGAGAUCAGCAGAUACACACACCUCUCCGACCGACAGGUGAAGAUCUGGUUCCAAAAUCGCCGCAUGAAACUAAAGAAGAUGAGCAGAGAGAACCGCGGACGCCAUCUUGGAUACGGUUACCCCUGACAACCAUCACCGCGACAACCAUCUUCGAUACGGUUACCCCUGACAUCUGCGGCCACCAUCUUGGAUACGGUUACUCUUGACAACCAUUACCAUGGCAACAAUGCGUCAGCCAUCUUGGCUAUCGAUACUAAGCUGUGCUGUAGUCCUCUGUGCAAGUGUUGCCAGAUGUGUCUGAUCCUUUCCAGCCCAAACGCUGCUCAAAAACUGCCUGGAGGCACUAAAUUCCGCCCUUCA